UGAGUGUGAGUGUGAGUGUGUAUGUGUGUGAUAACCUCCUUCCAUCUGCCAUAACGCACUGGCGCCUCGUUGUAGUGCUGAUCAGGACGCCGGCAGGGGGAGGGGGCGUUGCUGUCUCUGGAUUUAGGACUCAGUCGUGGUUGGAGUCUAGGCAGCUACAGGUAAGAAGCAAGACUUCACCAAGAUGACUCCUCGAUGCUGUGUGACUCUGAUGGCGGUGGUGGUGGUGGUGGUGGCGGCGCUGGUGGGCGAGGCGGCAGGAGUGGAGCGAGGGCCGGCAGACAGGGCCACGAGGAUGAAGAACCUGAGGAAAUCAAACGUGGACAUGAAGGCGCUGAGGGAGAAGUACCUGAAAAUGCUUAAAGGGUAUCCCUGCACGCCCAUGCAAUCCUCACCUGACGACCCGCCCCUGCCCACCGUGCCGGACUCCUUCAUGACCCAGCUGGAGUUUAACCUUGAUAGGGACGACACGAAGAGAGUCAUUCACGGUGUUGAGAUGUAUGACGGUCCCAGCCGCAGGGGAGUCAAUGACUAUGACUUGGGCGCGGGCGUGGUGGCGUCGCGGCCCUUUAUAGUGCGCGAGGAGAUUCACUACAGCCACAACUUGGACGAGGCGCUGUUCAUUAAGUCAGACAACCCUUGCAUCGUUACCGGCGAGGAGGGUUGUGAUAUCUACAAACACUGCACGGCGGGGAAGAUCAAGGACAUGAGCACCGAGCUGCAGGAAAUAUUUGGGAUCGUGGACACCAGCGGGGGCGGGGAGUUCAUGGGGGCAAUGGGGCUGAUGGAGUUCGGCCCUUACUUCAACUACACCUUCUUCGGGGUGGAUGAGUGUCGGGGGGGCGCUGGUGUCAGGUGUUCCAAGCCUGCAUCAACAAGCCAGACGAGGGCAACACAAGUCUUCUCUACUCGUAUUAUUGGACUACUAAGGACUGGGACGUACAGAACAACGGCAAUUCGGUUCCUAUGUACGUGGAUAUUAUGGACCCAAGGGAGGGCGGCUUUAUCCUGCACGUGGAGUUUUUUGACUUCAGGAGGGAGUGGAUGCCUGCCCUGGACGAGUUGGAGGCACCCGUGGACGCGUACUGUGAGGGGCGGAUAAGUCGCCUGGACCCGCCCAAGCCCAUUGUGCACUUCUCCUACAAGUCAGAGCAGGUGGGCGGCAUCAACGUGUUGGUUCCUGACGGCCAGGGGCAAACCGAGAGUGUGCAUCUGCGAGCCAUGUUCCCGCAGGAGGAAUGGUAUGACUACGAGAUGAAAAUUUCCCGCGUGGACUACAUUCCUUUCUUCAUCUACGGUGCUGACAGGCGCUUCGAAAACUUGACCCAGAGAAUUCUUGAUUUUAACCAAGACCUGAUGUACAUGGUGCGGCCCAGGCUCAGCGCCUGCUCCAUCAUGCCCAUCAACGCCAACCUCAGCUGGGGGGACGUGGAGGUGGGCGAAGACGGUUCCAUUCGCAUGACGAGCCCCUGGGACUGGGACGACUUGUCGGAACCCAUGCAGUACAAUGGGCGGCACUGGGAGAGAGGGAUGAUCGCUGACGUGUGGGUCGGAAUCAAGCCAAACCCGACGGUGAACCUGAAUGAGACGAUAGUGUGGUACUUCGCCUCGCCUUUCACCAACGAUAUAUUGGCCAAGGACGCAGCGAUAAGCCUUCCCACCAUGGACAAGGUUCCCAUAAAGCUGGAGAAAUACCUCAGCUUCGCUGAGGGACUGCCACACAUCCUGUACCACAUGUACAACUUCGAGGCCAUCAUCCCCCUCACCCACAACCACGACGUGUCCCUGUGCUUCAAUCACGACCAGAUGAGACACUUCACCUUUGACCUCCCUUCCAACGCCCUGGAGAAAAGUCUGUUCCUUCGGGAGAACCUCAAGUACGCAGUGGUGGGUGCCCUGGCGGAGGCUGGCAACGUGUCACCCAUUAGAAUCAACAGACUGGAGCUGAAGAAGACAGACACAGCAUUGCAGGUCCUCUUCACCCUCCUGGAGAAGCCCUCGAAGGUGGCGGACGUGGAGGGAAACAUGGAGGAGAACACGAUGGACGCCGCUGCCUCCGCCAUCAAAGCCACCCUAGACGACUCCCAGCUCAUCAUUAUCGUGAUGUAUGGCAACAGUCCUGAUGAGGGCAAGAAGAACCACCUCAUCACGUCCUUCACCGCCAAGCCUCACACCAUGGUGGAGGUGGAGCGGAGCGAGAACCUCCCUGAAGGCAUUGAGGUUUUUAAGGGGUACUCUUCAGGAGACAUGGCGGGGCUGGCAAUGGGCAUGAUCAUCGCAGGACUCCUCAUGGGGCUCGGCGGGAUGUACCUCUACGGAAGGAAGAAGUGAACAAUCUCACGAAGACUCCUACUGGAAUCAAGAGGAGGAGGAGGAGGAGGAGGAGGAGGAGGAGGAGGAGGAGGAGGAGGAGGAGGAGGAGGAGGUGGGAUGAUGACAAAUAGGACCUAAUUAUACUAAGUUAUAAUCCUACUCGUCACAAUCCUUCAAGGCCAAACAGUGUCCUAUGAAAAUCUGAAUAACUUUUCCUAAUUACUCGAUGUAUGCGUAUUACUCUCUCUCUCUCUCUCUCUCUCUCUCUCUCUCUCUCUCUCUCUCUCUCUCUCUCUCUCUCUCUCUGGAGUGUGUGGCGGAAGGUACCGUACGUGAUGUCAAUUCGUGUACGUUAAUUUUCAUCAAGGUACGAUAUUUUUAGGUGCAUCGUUUGUGUUGUAGUGUUGACAAAUUAGAAAUAAGACUCACUACACUUGAUCGGAGUGAAUUAAAAAUAAACUUGAGACUUG